CGCGCGGAAAGCACGUCGCCCGAGGAACGCUCUCACUACGAAACUUUACUCGCUCAUAUCAACGAACUGUGAAUGAAGUGGUGUUUUGAACGAUUCGUUUUUAUUUGAAUACUUUCAUUUAUUGACAGUUUCGAUUUGUGUUGUUUAUUUUAUUAUUUUGAUUUUGUGCCUGCACAUUGGAGGUGUUCCAUUUAUUUUCACCGAAGGCAGAUCGCGGUGAGGUUAAAACUGGGCAAAAACUCACGCUCGUUAUAAUGUGACCGGCGCAAGAUCCCGCGCGUCUUUCCUCAAGGUGUUUGCGAUGUGGUACACGUGGACAACGUUAUUGCUGGUGUCGUGUGCACUGGUGACGGCUGACGAGGGGGCUGGAGCGGAGGCAUUGCUGUGGACAACUACCACUAGCGCUCCGCCUCAGGCCCACCAGCCUCAAGAAGGACUACUAACUACACCCGCUUCUUUUGGAACUCCGACUACGUUUGGAGACCACACAGAAUCGAAGUUGCAACCCGUGCAGGCCACCUCCCGGGCCCCAAGUCUCACUCUUGAUCGGAAAGCGAGCGAGCUUGCUUGGAGGUCCUGGCUUCAGAGUCCAGAAAGUGGAAACCAGAAUGCACCGCCACGAAGGAUCAUAACCAAAUCUUUGUUCAUCACACCACUCGUGUGUCCUAAAGGGCAGCGACUGGAUCGGAAUGGUUGUGUGCAGGUGGUGACAGUGAACAAAGAUGAACACGAACGCAUACUAUUGGAGCAACUAAAUGCAUUAUUCCCGACUGCGUCCAGUGGCGGAGACUAUGAUUACGGAGAUGACGAACCAGGACCUCUUCAGCUGUCGCUACCCAUUGGCUUGGAUCCUCAAGCGGCGCCGUUGCAAGGUCAAGAGCCAUCUGCGCAGGCUCAAGGACAACAACAAACGUUCGUUGACAAAAAAGGUAACAAGUUUCCAAGUGACGCCAGCAUAGAAGCCGAACUAGAACUAUUAAAACUGCAACAAACCCACAACCAUACUGAAAACUCUGGCGUAUUAAACCACAAUGUCAUGAAUAGUUUGCUACCCGCUGUUGAUAAGCCGAAACGCGACAGUCCUAUUGACAAUUCAGCAAGUACAGAAACACAAAACACAGCAGUAGAAGAAGGGCAAAAAGAAUUGGUUUAUGGACAUGUAAAUGUUGAUCCUGUAGUGUAUGGAUCCCAAAACGAUAGCCAAGAACAAACAGCUAUGAACAUAAAUUUUGAAACGCAAAUGAAAACGGCUAACGAAAAUCCAAUAAAAAAUGUACCAACUAUUAUAAACAAUACAGCAACAAACUUGACAACCAACGUUUCGUCUUCACAUCUAAAAAAAGAUUCAGAUAAGACUAAGCUGAACCCGGAGAACGACUAUUCCGAUAUUGGUGAAGCUAUAAAGUUGAUAAGUCGGUACGCCGAAGUUACUACCGAUGAUGAUUAUGCAAAAAAUCAGAAGAAGUUUGCGAUAAAAGAAGAUAGCACAUUAGGCACACGCACAAAACUUCAGUAUCGACGAAACAAGCCAAAACCGGAAAUGCUGAGGGAACCAUUAGAAACAAGCUUGUCAGCUGAUUUAACCGAUAAAGAUAAAAUGCCUCUGCGAUCUGUGUAUCCUAAAAAUGAAGCAUAUUACCGAUAUCCAUGGCAAAGUCAACACUCGCCCACACCGCCUCCCAAUUAUCCUUUCCGACAUCUGCAAGAUUACUGGCCUGGUCGCACCCAAUUCGGAGGUGUCUAUAACACGCAUGAGAAUCCUAGGCGGCAUCAUCAUUCAUACCCACAUUACUUCAGACCUCGUGCAUACAACGUUGGUAACUCGGAGACCUACACUGAACAGGAACACUUUUCGGAUCAGAACCAGAUGUACGGUCACAGGGUUGCACAACGUCAUGCAAGUCCGUCUCGCUUCCAUGCCAAAAACCAGGAGUUAUACAACCUGCUCGGGUUAAGGCAUUGGUUCAGCAGUGAAGGCACAUCAAAAAGAUAGCUUGCUUGUUCCUUCUUAGAAAAUUCGAUGUUACCCGACGACGUAUAACGAAAGCUAUGGAAAAUAUACACGAGGGCAAAAGCAUGACUAGUUAAGAAUUUUAUAAAUAUAAUGGUACCUUCUUGAAAAAAAUAACAUCUAUCUAGUUCGAUGCGUAAUAAGAACUCUUUAACACUUUCCAACGUCAUUUCUAUCCAUAGCUUUCAUUAUAUUAGCCUAUUUAUUUCAAAGCCAAAUAUUAGAGUCAUAAUUAAACUUUAUUUUAGGUUCUUGUACAUAUUACGUCGCCUUAUUUUAAGUGUUUUAUCUUGCUAAAUAGUAUUAUCGUUGUUUUGUAUUAUGUUUAAUUUAAAUUGUUGUAUUGAAAUGUCUAAUUUAUGUUUCUACGAACAGUUUUUUAUAAUCUUAUUCGUUGUGAGUAGCUUAUACUUAGAUGUUCGAUGUCAGCAUCGGUGCAGAAAAUUAUACUUAAUCGUACAAAAUUUGGCACUGGCUUGCCCUUAAUUUAUAUGUAUAAUAAUAAUAAUAGUGUAUUAUUUAUCAAUUUCUACGUAUGUGACUAACUCUAUGCUUUGUUCAAAAUAUGUAGAUAUAGAUUUUAGGUAGUUUUUGUAUUAGUUCAAGACUAUAUAACCAUCUUCGGACACUUGAAACCCACCUAAAUCGUUUACCUACCUACUUGUUUGAGUAUUUUGUGACAGAACCUUUUACUAACUAAAAGGCCAAAUUAUUUGGCCACGGUCCACGUUAAGAUUACGGAUCCCAUGCAUGUCGACUAUGUGGACUCGAAAAUUUAUCGAUACUCGAAAAAUACUCUGCUAAAAUGUGACCUUAAGACUUGCCUAUACUGUAUCAUGGUUGAACGCAAAGUUUACAAUAUUAUGACGCAUAGUUGUCCCUUAUAUGGUAACUCGUAAUGUAUUAAACAGAUCUAUUUACACAUAAAUAACGAACCCACCAAAGUUAGAUUAAGAUUGUAGGAAUUAUUUAUAUUAUAAACUAUUUUGUUUAGACGAUAUUAAUGUAACUUUCUAAGUAAGUAUAUAAGUAUAUCUCCAAUGAGUAUAUUUACAAAUAUGAUGAUGAAUCACUUCGUUUAUCAUUAGAAUUAUCCAAUUGUGCACAAAUCAAUGCAAAACUUUUAAAUUGCUAAACGAAAAACAAGAUUUGUCUAACGGUUUGUGACUUAUGCGCAAAUUAUCUUGUAAGUUUCACUUGUAGCUUCUAAUUUUGAAAAAAUCUAUGCAUUGAAAGAUAAUUUUUGACCUCCGGUGAUAAACGAAACUUUUUCAUCAGAUAACAAACCAGUGCAUUAGGUAUACUGCAGUUCCUUUAGCAUCUGCUAAGUUUCAGGGAGCGCACGGUAGUCAACAUUUUAGUUAACAUAUUAAACAAGUAAAUAAUAAACACACACACAACAUUGAAAUGAGAGGAGUAAAUUGUAUUGUGAUGUAAUUAUGAUUAAAACUAAAAAAAUAAUUUUAUUAAACUUCAGUGUUUACUGCCGAGUGGCGCUUAACAUUGAUUCCAAAAUUCUAUUCUGCUUAUAUGUACGUAAGAUGGAACGCUUCUCUGACCGCAAAGGUCCAUAUAUAAUGUAUCAAAUAAACUGAAAAUUUUAAAAUGUUUAAUUAAAAUCCGUGGUAAAAUUAAAGAGAACUCAACAAGCAUUUUUAUAACAUGCAAGGCUAAGUUUACAACACUUCUCGCUUUUAAUUACCCAUCUAAUACAUGAAGAGAUGGCCUCAUCUCUUAUUAGUUAGGCUUCAGAUCUUGUAUUCAUCUUACAUGUUAUUAUUAAUUAUUGUUAAUUUAUUUCGAUUCACCAUGAAGUACGAAAUAUUGUACUUCAUGGCAAAUCGAAAUAUAUUCAACCCCAUGAGAUUUCCAUAUUGAGGCAGUAACGUGGGGAAGCCUGGUAUGGUAUAAUUAUCAUUUCCCGAGACUAUUUGUAUAUCAUAAGGAAACAGGUAUUAUUCUAAACGCAAUAUCAAAAAACUAUUGUACAAAUAUUUAAGAAUUUAUUGAAAUAGAUUUACUUGAAGAAUAUUAUAUCUUGAUAAAUUUCUCUUCCUAGCAGAAAUUUUAAGAAUCACAAGAUUAUAAAUUUAUGCCAGUAUUUUAUUGUAAA